GCUGCGCCAUAAUGCUGGGCGCGAGCCCUCCAAUGAUUGCUGAACAUUGAGUGUUUUUUGUCAAUAUUAGCUCGACUACUUGUGGGGAAGUUUCUAAUUGGACACGUGUUUCUGUCGCUUUUUGUCGUCUGGGAUCAACUGAUUUCUUUGUAAUGCGUUUUUAAAGCAUUGAGCCUUCCAUAAGGAGAGUUAAAGUGUUCUUAAGAGCUCCCUUUCAGCCUUUAGAAAAGGCCGGGGCGACCCGUCGAGAAACAUGGAGGCCCUGGAAGUAUUUAAUCCAGGAGAUGUGCCUGUGAGGCUGUCACACAGCAGAGAGAUUCAGAGAUUCAGGCACAUGUAGGUUGGCAGUUACAGGUUAUUAACGGAAACCAGCCUUCCGUUAUGCCCAAAGAACCCUUGGUUCAUCUCAUCUUAAAUUUAAAUCUUCCUGCCUGAAACCAAAGUAAAACUUUGUUUUCAUUGCACCUGUAAAGAUAUAUUUUAAAAAAAGAAAAAGGCAACAAACUCAUUUUGCAUUUUAAACUAUGGAGGAAAUGCUGUUUGACUUCGACCAGGAUGGCACCACUGAUUUUGCAUUUUGGGGACAGAUGGACCAAAACAUCCAGUUUCAAACCCAGAUGGACACCUUCCUCCUGGACUACAACGCGGCAUCGGGCCAGCUCUCGCCCUGGUCCUCUUUCGGGAGCCAGUCCAUGUUCUCGGACGCACAGCUGACCUUCACAGACCUGGACGAGGGCUCCCCGGGGUCGGGCAUCUGCGCUGAGGGAGAGGGAUCCUCUGUGGAUGAACCCCUGGAGAUGGCCAAGCGCAGGGCGCGGCGGCUGGCGACCCAUCAGCCCUACAAGGUGCAGCGACACGCCGCCAACAUCCGGGAGAGGAAGAGGAUGCUGAGCAUCAAUUCUGCCUUCGAGGAGCUGCGCUGCCACGUGCCAACAUUUCCCUACGAGAAGCGGCUUUCCAAGAUAGACACACUGAGGCUGGCCAUAGCGUACAUCGCCCUGCUGAGAGAGAUCCUCGUGUCAGGCUGCGACCCCAAAUCCUACGUGGAUGAGUGCAUGAAGAGCGGUUACAAGAACCGGACCAACGCCAUCUGGAACACAAGUGAUCUGACAGCUCGUCUCUCUUGGAUAAAGUGGGAUUAAGUGAGGAUCAUGGGGCACCUCAAUUGUGGAGAAUGGCUUGGCGAGGCAGCUCAGGCUUUUUCCUCCCUCUUCGCUCUCUCUCUCUAGAUGUCAAAGACAUCUAGAGAGGCUAGCGGGCAUGUCAGAGCCGAGCGAUCGACAUCUGCAGACUUCUCACCGGGUCACACACCUCAGGCUUUCUCAAUCCCUCCACUCCUGCAUCCUCCGUGGCUUUUAAUAUUGUAAUUUAUUGUUGACUGGUAAUGGAAAGCCAUUGUUUUUAGGGCCAAGGAGGGAGAGAGGGUUGGCAUUGUUUGCCCACAUGGAUAGCACUUGUCACAGAGAGAGAGGGGCACACUGGCACAGGACUGAAUGGACUUCCUAAGGGCUCAUACUUCUGCAUGCAGCACUGAAGUGUUUUCUAGACUGGCGCUCAUUAGCCUGCGAGUCGAUGUGUUAAAAAGAACCUUAAUCAUGUAAAUGAGACAGUGGGACAGUGUCUUUAAACAUGUCAGCUGCUGCUGCUGCCAAACAUGGGACUACAGCUUUAAGUGUAGGCUGCUGUUAGUUUCAUGUGCAGUAUAAUUUAUCUAUUUAUUCAUUUAUUUAUUUUAAAUAUUUCUUAUUUAUGAAAACAUGAUUUCUUGGACAUGUAUUUGUACAAACUGAUUAUUUAAUUUUCGAAAAUUCUACUGUUACUGUUGUGUUUUAUUUUUGAUGGAUUGCACAUAAAAGCUGCUGACUCAUCACCACAGAGAAGCUCGCACAGUAGAUGUCUAAUUUACUUUCAUGAAUUUGUUUACAAUGUUCUCUACUCAUGAUGAUAAAAAGACACCUUUCCUUCAUCCUCCA